AUGGAGAAGUUUGCAAAGUUUAUAGAACUCAUGGAGGUGGUAGACUUACCUAUAGGAAACAAAUUUACAUGGAUUAACUCUAAUGGUAAAACCAGAAGCAGAAUCGACAGAAUACUGCUCUCAAAAGGGAUUUUAUAUCAGUGGAAGGUUGUGGCUCAAGUUACAGGCAACAGGGAUAUCUCUGAUCACAGGCGGGUUUGGUUGAAAUCAAGCAUUCUUGACCGGGGUCCUAAGCCAUUUAAGGUCUUUAAUAGUUGGUUCGAACAUGAAGAUUUCCUCAAAUUUGUAAGGCAGCAAGGGGAAUCUUUCAAAGUGCAGGGGAGUAGUGCAUUCAUACUGAAGGAAAAACUCAGGAGGUUGAGGGAUAGUUUGAGAGGGUGGAAUAACAGGGUAUUCAAACGUCUUGACCUGCAUCUCGAAGAAGAAGUAAAACUGCUUAAUGAAUUAAAGAGUGAUGGUAUGAGUAUUAAUAGUCAGUUAUCUCAGGAAGUUAAUGCUAGAAGGAAAAAAUCCCAGGACAAUAUAUGGAGGCUUCUACAACACAAAGAAAUCAUGAUUAAACAAAAGGCAAGGCUCAAGUGGAUCAAGGAAGGAGAUAACAACACCAAGUAUUUUCAUUCAGUCCUAAAGACAAGAACACGAAAAAACACAAUUGUCUCGAUUCAAUCGGAUCAAGGGAGACUAGAAGGUGUUGAGGAGGUGAAGGAGGGUGUGAAGAAAUUCUUCGAGCAAAGAUUCAAAAAGCAAUGUACUCCUAGACCCAGGUUGCAAGGGUUAGAAUUCAACAAACUUAAUGAUGUGGAGAGGUUGGCACUGAAGGAAAAGUUUUCAAGGGAGGAAAUUAGAGAGGUGGUGUUUGGAUGUGAGGGAGAUAGAAGCCCUGGACCUGAUGGGUAUAACCUAUAA